CUCAGCAUGAAGGUUCUGGUCAUCGGAGCGUCUGGGUUCAUUGGACUUCCCGUUGCUCAGGCAUUGGUCCGUGCUGGUCAUACUGUGUAUGGUCUGACCCGUUCCGCGGAAAAGGCGAAACAGCUUGCAGCUGAUGAAAUCAUCCCUAUCGUUGGUCAGGUCACCGAGACCGCACCGCUGCUGGCCCUUGUUCCCACACUCGACGUCAUUAUCGAGGCUAUAGGCGGUACCGCCAACCUCCGCGCGGUCUCCGUGGAUCUGCUGCAGGCGAUCAGUGACGCUGCCAAGACUUCGCGCCCUGCCCAAGGACCGAAGCUAUCGUAUAUCUACACCUCCGGCACAUGGGUACACGGCCAUAACACCCGCGAAUACGUCUCUGACACGACUCCGCUGACGUCACCCGUCGAGCUCGUCGCAUGGCGCCCCGCCGUCGAGCAGCGGGUUCUCUCGGACUCCGUGCUGAACGGCAUCGUCAUUCGUCCUUCGCUGUGCUACGGCCGAUCCGGGUCGCUGCUCGCGACCGCGUUCGAGAGCGCGGCACAGGGCAAGGCGAUGUGGUACGGAUACCCCAACGGGCGACUGGCAACCGUGCACCCGGAUGACCUCGCGGAUGUGUAUGUAAGGGCGGCGGAGAGGGCACAGACGCUGGGUGGGAUCGCGUUUGAUGUGGGAAACGACUCGACGGAGAGUGUCGUUGAUUUCCUGAUGAAGCUGACUGAGGUGUCGGGCGCUCAGGGGUAUGAGCUCCGAGAGCCGUCCAAUGCCUUCGAGCAGGCAUUGGGAGCGACUAACCUGCUUCGGCCGUACCUCGCUAAAUCGCUUCUAGGGUGGCAGCCCAAGAAAGCUGGGCUUGUGGAUGGUCUGGGGGUGUAUUACGCCGCAUGGAAGGCGUCUCAGGAUAGUCAGCAGCCAAAGGAACGUCUCUUCGCAAAAGUGUAAGCAGCGAUGAGCCAUAUGUAUGGUGUUAUCAUCUACAACACAUUCAAUACAAUAUUGUGUCUUUCC